GGGCGGGAUCGGCGCGUCGUCCCCCGGUCCGGUCGCUGCCGGUGCGGUGCCGGUGCGGGAUGUGGCGGUGGCGGCCGUCGCCGCGGGCGCGGGGGGCGCUGUCGGGGGCUCCGUGCGUGGCGCUGGCGCUGGGCUGGGCGCUGGGCUGGGCUCUGGGCGCGGAGCCCCCGCACCGCUGCCGCCCCGACCCCGCGCUGCUGCCGCCGCCGCUGCGCCGCCUCCCGCCGCCCGCGCUGCUCCGCGCCGCCGUCCCGCGCCUCCGCGGCCGCUGGAGCCCCUGCCAGCUCUACCGCUACCGCGGCGGAGCCCGUCCCAACGGCACCGCGCCCUGCACCCGCGGGUGGCACUACGGGCUGCCCGCGGCGGGGCUGCGCUCCAACAUCGUCACCCAGUGGGACCUGGUGUGUGCCUCUCGCUGGAAGGUGCCCCUGGAGCAGACCACGCACUUGCUGGGCUGGACACUGGGCAGCGUCGCCGCCGGCCUGGCCUGCGACAGGUUCGGCCGCCGGGCCACCUUCCUGGUGUCCCUGGCGCUGGCAGUGCCCCUGGGCCUCGGCGUGGCGCUGGCUGUAGACUUCGUCAUGGUCCUGGUCACGCGACUGCUCUUUGGGGCAGCGCUGGCAGGCGCCUUCCUCUCCCUCUACGUGGCACGGCUGGAGCUGUGUGACCCCCCACAUCGCCUGGAGGUGACGAUGAUGGCUGGCUUCUUCUGGAUCGCCGGGGAGCUGCUGCUGCCGGGGCUGGCGGUGCUGUGCCGGGACUGGCGGGUGCUGCAGGGUGCCGUCACCAUGAUCCUGGCUCUGCUGGCUGCCUGCUGGUGGUGCCCGGCGCUGUUGCUGGAGUCGCCACACUGGCUUCUGGCCACGAGGCAGCUGGAGAAGGCCAGGAAGACCCUGCAGGCACUGGCCGAAAGCAGUUCACCCAGCUCCGAUGAAGGUUCCUGCCACCAGCAGAGCCUCCUGGCAGAGCUGGAGUCCCUGUCUGAGGGGUCCCCGCAGCCCCGGUACCACGCUGUCUGUGAGAUCUUUGGCACCAGGGUCAUCUGGAAGAAUGGCGUCAUCCUCGGCUUCACGGCGUUCAUCGGCUCUGGCAUUUGCCACUGCUUCACCCGCAAUCUGACCCCCCACCUGCCCCACUUCUUCUCUUCCUACUUCGUGCUGGUGAGCACCGAGGUGGCCGCCUGCCUCUUUGUUUGCCUGACAGCCGAGCGCUUCGGGCGCCGCGCCAUCCUCCUGCUCUGCACCGUCCUCACCGGCAUCUCCUCCCUGCUGCUGCUGGCCCUCACCCAGUACCUGCUGGAACUCAUUGUCCUGACCCUGUCUGUGGUGGGCACCACCGCCUCCUACGCCGUCACCAUGCUCAGCAUCUUCUUCGCCAGUGAGGUCCUCCCAACAGUGGUCAGGGGUGCCGGGCUGGGCCUCGUCGUGGGGGCCAGCUUUGUGGGCAAGGCAGCCGCCCCCAUCACCGCCAUCCCCAACAGCCGCGGGUUCUUCCUGCACCACAUGGUGUUCGCGUCCUUCGCCAUCCUCGCCGUGCUCAGCAUCAUGCUGCUGCCGGAGAGCCAGGGCCGCGGCCUGCCCCAGUCCCUGCAGGAUGGCGAGAGCCAGCGGCGGCCCCCGCUCUUCCGACGCCACCCCCGGGAGGACCACUUGCCCCUGCUUGCCCCCCAAGGCAUCCCACACGACUACUCCCGCCUCACCGCCUCCACCAAGAGGAUGCUGGGCUCCCCGGCCCCCCCCUGCCACACAUAGCCAUGUCCCCCCCGGGGCUCCCUGCUGGGGGGGGGCUGAACACAGUGCCAGGACCCCCACGGAGCACCGGGACCCCCAUCCGUGGGCGCUUCCCGGGGCGGCAGUGUGUACUGGGGACACGUGUGAUACCUGCGGGAAGGGGCAGUGCUCCCACCCCACGGUGGGGUCGGAUCCUGCCCCAGGAGGAGCUGUGCUGGGAGUCCUGGGGCAGGGGUGAUGCCCCCUCGGGGUGUUUGCGGUGGCGCUUGUGGGCUGACAAU